AUGGCGUCACGCUACUCGGCUGCGCGACCCAAGCGCGACGGCGAGAACUUUGCGCGAACUCACCACAACGAAGAUGGCUCCGACUCCAAACGGGUCAAGUUUGACGUCCGAAACCCCUCGACUUUGGCCCCCGAUGCCCGCGAAGACGAUGCGAUCCUCGAUGCCGAUGUCAUUGGUGGCUCUGCUGCUACGAAGCGAGGUGCUGUCAACCUCGACGGUUAUGACAGCGACUCAGACAACGAAAACUUUAACGCCCGAGCCGAGAGUCGCAAACGAGGCAAUGUCAAUAUUCUAGAGCAGCUUGACAACUACGAUGCCACCAAUUCCGGCCCAGCUCCGGGUGCUGCUGCUGGUGAUGACGAUGACGAUGACAUGUUUGCCGCCGACGACGAUGAAGAAAAGGAAGCUCCCGAGGAUGGCGACUUUGACAAGAACGGCCGCAAGAAGGACAAGGUCCGUUUUCUCGACGAUGAUCAAAUCGUCGGCCAAGAACAAGCAAGCAGGGACAAGGAUCAGAUUCGGCUUGACAACGAAGCAAGUAGCGACGACGAGGAAGACGUGGAUCUGGCUAUCCAGGAGGAGGGCGUUGACGAAGAGGUCGGCGCAGGAGGACUCAAGAGAAAUGCUCCCAAGGUCGAGGCGUUCAACCUAAAGCAAGAGAUGGAAGAGGGUCAGUUUGAUCAAGACGGCAACUACGUCCGCAAAGGCGGCGACCCCGACGCCGUUCAUGACAGCUGGCUCCAGGGUCUUAGCAAGAAGGAGAUGAAAAAGGCUGCGGCAGCCCAUGAGAAGCGGGAGGCCGAGGCGCGAAAACGACGUAUGGACGAAGAUGAGGUUCUUGUGUCAGACCUCCUCAAGACUCUGAUUCUCAAUCUGGACCGAACAGAAACACCGCUCGAGGCGCUGGCCAGGCUUGGCAAGAAGCAAACAAAGCCCAAGAAGAUCCCCAAGUGGAAGCUCAAGAAGAUGAACAAGGGCGCUGAAGGCAUGGACGUGGACGGCAGUGCUGACAGCCAAGAUGCAGAGCAGCAGCGGAUAAAGGCUUCAAUUGAUGCCAUCACGGAUGCUGCAGACAAGUUGCUAAGCCGGGACCACGAGGACAUUUACGAUCAGGAACGGGAGCUCCUCGUCCGAGAAUAUCGCAGAGAGACUGGCGAGGAUUGGGUGGAGCCGGAAGCAACAGAGGCUGACCGGGAUCAGGAGGGGGAGGGGCAGGAGACGGCGGUGAAGCCGGGGACGAUGUGGGAGUUCCGAUGGGUAGAUGGACGAGACGGAGGCGCCAGUCAAGGACCGUACGACGGGGCUACGAUGAAGGCGUGGCAGGAUGCCGGAUACUUCCCAGAAGACGCGGUCGAGUUCCGAGUUGUGGAGGAGGGCCGGGAAUGGAGAUCGCGGGUCAAGGCUUUUGAAUGA